AUGAAGAAGGUUCUUCAUCGAGGCUUUAAGCCUGCUAAAUGCAAAACAGCUUUACAAAUGGCGAAUUCACGCCUGAAGAUCCUCAAGAACAAAAAGGAGAUUCAGAUUAAACAGCUGAGGCGAGAGUUAGCUCAAUUGCUCGAAGCUGGGAACACACCCACCGCUAGAAUUCGGGUGGAACAUGUGGUGAGGGAAGAGAAGACAGUGGCUGCUUAUGAACUCAUUGGGAUCUACUGCGAACUCAUUGUUGUUCGUUUAGGUGUUAUCGAGUCUCAAAAAAACUGCCCCAUUGAUCUGAAAGAAGCGGUUGCGAGCGUCUUAUUUGCUUCCCAGAGGUUAUCAGAUGUCCCUGAGCUCUCAGAAAUCGUUAAGCAAUUCACUACCAAAUACGGGAAGGAUUUUGCUACCUCUGCUAUUGAGUUGCGUCCAGAUUCUGGUGUGAGUCGCCUGUUGGUGGAUAAAUUGUCUGUCAAAGCCCCUGAUGGUCCAACAAAGGUCAAGAUUUUGACGGCGAUAGCUGAGGAGCAUAAUGUUGUAUGGGAGGCAAAGUCUUUUGUUGAACCGGAUCCAAAAGACCAGUUGCUGAGUGGAGCAAGCUCGUUUCAGUCAGCAAGUAGUGUAAACGUUGUGGAUUCAUCUAGAAUCCCAAACAAGGAACAAUAUUCAAGCGUCCAAGCUCCAGCUCCAGCUCCUGUCAAUGUUCAACAUGGGUCAAGCGAAAGGCAUCAUUCAUCAGAGAACUCUUAUUAUGCAAGUGAUGGAAGAUCUUCAAGCCGUAGCGACAAUGUUACUUCUAAGAUGGCUAAUGACUAUCAUCAUCCAAAUGCAAGACCUUCUCGGUCUAGGCCUGAUGAAGGAGAAUGUAGAAAUCCAAAUCAUGGUGAUGAAAAUUCAUCUUCAAGAAGUAAGCAGAGGUGGGAAACAGAGUUUGUUGAUUCUACAGAUGCUGCACGUGCGGCUGCUGAAGCCGCUGAGAGAGCAAGUUUUGCUGCUAGAGCAGCUGCUGAACUUUCGAGCAAAGAAAGGAUGACGAGGCAGAAUUCAUCAGAGUCGCAUAUAUCCUCUGCAUCUGUAAAUUUCAGAAACGAGCCUUCACAUAGACGUAACAGAUCGAAUGUUUCUGAAGAUCAUUUAUCUCCACGACACAAUUUUAGGAUGCAGAAUGAAGAUCUGGACAGAACCCAACAAGAUAGAUAUGGUAGGGCAAAGGAGUCUGAGAUUUCUCCUCCUCCUGUAGUUCAGCCAUCAGAAAGGAAUCACCUGGAUAACUCGAGAAAGAACAGUUCCUUUGGUAAAACAGGUAGAGAGAAGCAGCCAAGGGAUGAUGAGCAGACAGAUUUAAAUGUUGGUUACUCUGAAGAUGUUCAGUUCAAGAAGCAGUCAAGCAGAGCUUCAUCUCAUUCACAUUCGAGCAAUUAUUCUGAUGAGCAUGUCACUGACACAGACUCUACGAAGUCACCAAAAGCCGUGGAGGAAAACAUUUUUGCCACUGAAUACGAUCACCAAUCUCAGAGCAGCUUUAAAGAAAAAGAUUUCCAUGAUCAUGGACAUGAUGAUACUGAUACUUUUAAUGAUUAUAGCUCCUUUUUUGAUAAACCUAAAUUCGAUGCUGAAGAUGAGUAUGAUCAUGGAGUGGGAUUCUCAUUGCUUGGCAGCAACGCACCUAAUCUUAUGUCAACACCAGCUGCAUCAUGGAGCUUCAAAAGUGACCAUAGUAAGUCUCAUGGAAAUCAAAGCUCACAAGUCUUCCAAGAGAGACCAAGUUCUCCAUUAUUUGAUGAUGUCUCUACUAGUCCUCAUACUUCUUACCAUGAGCCGGACCGGCAUGCUAAGUUUGACAAUUAUGAUCCAAAUUCAGAAAGCGAAGAUGAUCAGCCAAGACACAGAGGUAUUGUUUCUGGAGGUGUAGAUGAAACGAUGAAUCUGACAUCUCAUCGAUCUCAGAAGCUUGAAGUCUCUGAUCCUGUAGAGACAGAUAACCACAAAGAUGAUUCAAGGGCACAGGGAGAAUCAGAUUCUGACGCAGAUGCUCAGACUGGUCUGAGUUUUAAACCUUUGGUCGGUGGAUUUAGGAACAAAAAGACACUCCCACCAUACAGAAUGAGCCUGGCAAGAAACGAGACAUCGUCCAAGUCUGGAAAGGAACAUAAUGGAACUGUUGAUGCUGGCAAGUCGGUGUCUACUCCUAGAAGUAGCAGAAAAGAUAUCUACACUAAGAGAGCAAGCAUUACCGAGAAGAGACCAAGCUCCACGCCACCACAACCAUCUUCUAGUGAUGAUGAUGACUCAGAGAUCCAACUUCGUUCAAGAACAGAAACAAAGCCUCAAACCUCAUAUCGUCAUUCUUAUUUCAGUCAUGAUGACUCAGAGGAAGAACUUAGUCAAGAGAAGACUCAUAAGGCAACAACGAGGGUGAGAGAUCAAAACAGAUCAAACUUUAAGAUCCCAGCUUCAACCCCGUAUGAAGAUGAUGAAGAAGUCGAAAGAGUCAGUGCCAAGCCAGCUAAAACAACCGGGAUCUCUUUAAGGACUAAGGGGCAAGUGAAACCUCAUGAGAAGCGUUCGUUUCCAGUCACAACAACGAGAACCAACCAAGAGUUUCAUGACCAGCCAUCUCCAAAAUCAACUUCAGGGCAAAAGACGGAAGUAACUUCAAGCUCUGUUACACAAACUGUAAAGUCACCAGAUCCAGAAACCCCUUCAAGGGAGAGAGCUAGUCAUGUUCAUCCCAACCUCCCGGAUUGUGAUGAUAUCUUUGCAAGGCUUGGAGCUCUUCGUACUCCUAACCGCCGUUGA